GCAAAACACCACACCAGUGAUUUUCAACGAUUUCCAAAUUCACUAUGACAGGGUCGUCUCUUUGGCUUCUCAGUCCAAGCGAUGAUAAUCCCUUCAACAAAUCCCUCCAAGACUUGAUUAACAAUACGUUGCCGUCAAAUUUUCCUCAUGUACCCAAGAAUAGCUUUAUCCCACACGUUACCAUAACCUCAGACAUCGAUCCUGCAAGGACUUACGCAUCAUCGCCGCAGGAAUGGCUCGACAGCCUGCACCUUCCUGAAUUCAGGAAGGAGAGGAACGAAGUGGUCAUUGAACUUGAGAAGCUUGAAGCGGGUGAGCCCUUUUUCAAAAAGGUCACCAUCAAGGUCAGGAAGGAUAUGAAUCUGGUACAAAUGGCCUCUCAAUGCAGGCAGCAGAGUCUCUUACUGUCUGAAACCAUCGCAUCGUCCUGGGCAGAGAAGGAGUAUCUGCCACACCUGAGUCUGUUUUAUGGCGAUGUCCCUCAAAGUGAAGUGCAGAAGAAAAUCCCUCUAAUCGAACUACAGCUCGGUUUCGAGUUAGGGAGUCUAUUUGACUGCUGUGGCGGCACUCUUGCAAUGGGGGCAAAGCUUGUCCUUGUUGACACUAGCAAAGAGGUCAAGGACUGGAGUGUAAUCGCUCAAAGAGAUUGCCCUUGGGUCAUGUGGAAGAUGUAGUAUGAAUCUGAUGGGUUGUGGAUCUAGUCAGGCGUUGAAUUAAAGGGUAUCAAGAAUUGAGGUGAAUGAGUUGAUUGGACUUCCUCGUUCCUAAGGGGAAAGCCCAUCUAUCUAUAGCCAAAGGUAUGCUCUACAGUGUACAGGAGGCUGGGAGAUGUUACCAACCCUUAUGCAUAGGUGUUGGCGACCGACAAAGGGGCGGGUCAAUUUCGAGCGUCAUUUCCUACCGUCCAGACGGACGACACAAGAAUGCUGCCGUAAACAUCUCCAUCAAAUAGAGGGAUUCUCAAGAUUCAAAUCUCAUACACCUGCAGUACACUCUAACAGCCUCAGAGUCGGUAAGGCAUGUGAUUAAACCUCAGACAGCAAGGUCGUCUUCUCCGCUAACUGUGAUCCUGUCAUCCGUAAUGAGGGGUCAGACCAACUUUCAGGAGACAAUGAG